AUGUCAACGGCUAUAGAAGCGACCGGGUUCGUCAUGUGCUUAAUCGGCUGGCUGGUCACCGGAGCGUCGCUGGCCAACGACUACUGGAAGAUUUCCUCCGUGUACGGCAGCGUCCUCACCUCCUACAGAGAGUUCCAGAACUUGUGGCACAGCUGCGCCGAGAACAGCGCCAGCAUCGCCGAGUGCCGCGACUUUGAAUCGAUGCUCGGCCUCCCCGGUUACAUUCAGGGGUGUCGCGGUCUGAUGAUCGUCUCUCUGCUGCUCGGCCUCUGCUCCAUGAUCGUGUCUCUGGGGGGAAUGAAGUUCAUCAAGAUCGGCUCGGCCACCGACCAAUCCAAGGCCAAGAUCGCCGUCGGGGGAGGAGUCCUGAGCAUCCUGGCUGGUCUGUGCUGCAUUACAGCAGUUUCCUGGUACGCCUUCAGAGUCGUGCAGGAGUUCCACGAUCCGUACUACGGUGGUGAGAAGUAUGAGUUUGGUACUGGCCUCUUCCUGGGAUGGGGGGGAGGCUCCCUGAGUUUUCUGGGUGGAGGUUUUCUCUGCUGCGCCUGUAGUAGAGUGUCAUCUGGUGGCAAGAAAGGCGCUUACUAUGGAAACCCGCCUCAGAAGGUCUACACGGCUACAGCCAAGUCAGAUCCGGACGCACCCAGAGCUUACGUCUGAACGCAGGCGUCGUCUCCUGAAGGCUCGUCCCGACUGUAACCUGGUCAGGGGCAGCUGAAGCGAGGACAGACACACACACACACACACACACACACACACACACACACACACACACCUUUACAUGUACUGUAAACACACCCUGUCCUCCACCGUCAGGAUUUCCAUUCAUAGCUGAUGAACUAUAGACGCUCUUUUCCUGUCCUUUUGCUGUAUGUGGUUAUUUUUUUUAAGAGUUUUUGACGUGGAAUCUGAAAUCUGAACCCUCCGAGGAUUCACAGGUGAUUGUUAAAGAUUGUGUGA